UUGUUGUGCGGCGCGAUGCGGGCGGGCGCGAUGCGGCUGGGCCCAGGAGCGGGGCCGGGCCGCGGGCUGGUGCUGCUGCUGCUGCUGCUGCUGCUGGUGGCCGCGCUGUGCGGGCAGGGCUCGGCGCAGCACGGCGCGAUGCCGGCCAAGAAGCUGCGCGUGGCCUACGGCACCGGGCCGCUGCUCAAGUUCCAGAUCUGCGUGUCCUGAGGAUACCGGCGGGUGUUUGAGGAGUACAUGCGGGUCAUCAGCCAGCGGUACCCCGACAUCCGCAUCGAGGGCGAGAACUACCUGCCGCAGCCCAUCUAUCGGCACAUAGCAUCCUUCCUGUCUGUCUUCAAACUAGUAUUAAUAGGCUUAAUAAUUGUCGGCAAGGAUCCAUUUGCUUUCUUUGGCAUGCAAGCUCCGAGCAUCUGGCAGUGGGGCCAAGAAAACAAGGUUUAUGCUUGUAUGAUGGUUUUCUUCCUGAGCAACAUGAUUGAGAACCAGUGUAUGUCAACGGGUGCAUUUGAAAUAACCUUGAAUGAUGUUCCGGUGUGGUCUAAGCUAGAGUCUGGCCACCUUCCUUCCAUGCAGCAGCUUGUACAAAUCCUUGAUAAUGAAAUGAAGCUCAAUGUGCACAUGGAGUCAAUGCCUCACCAUCGAUCAUAGCCCCAUCUAUCACCACUGAAACUUCUUGCAUUAAGCGGUGAUUUCCCGGGCCGCGUGUCUCAGACCAAUGAAGGCCUGUACUGAAGACAGCUUGCUGUUGGUACAGACUGGAUGCUUCUCUUGCAGUCACGUUGUGCCUCCUGAAAAAACCUUAAUGAAAGAACUCUUUCAGUGCUGGCGUGUUUCCAGAUACUGCACAUUCAUGGAGUGCAAUAAUACUGUAUAGUUUUUUUAAGAUUUCAUUCGACCAGUUCAUAGCUCGACAAUGCAGGCAUUACUAAUUGUAACUUAUUUUAUAUUCAUGUUUCACGCGGUGGCAGAUUGAGUUGAAACCUGAUUUUUUCCCUUGGAAGAAGUUUGUUUAAUCUGUUGUAUUUUAUAUGGAUUUAUGUUCUUUUUGUAGUUUAAAAUGAAGUUACAGGCACGUCUGAUGUUGUCCUAAACUGUUAAGUAAUCGGCAGCCACCUGUCAAAUAUCUCUGAUGUGAUAAAAGCAGGUUUGUAUAUUUUUCAAAAUAUAUGGCAGAGUUGAACAGUGCAUUAUAUACUAAAUUAUAUGUACAAAAUUAUAUGUGGAGUUGUCACGGAGUGAUCUAGAUCAAUGUGUGCCCAUGACGGGACAGCAGGCCUAUAGGCCCCCGGCCCCAAAUGGGAAGGGAAAAGGGGAAGGGCAGGGAGAUGGGAGCUGGACCCAAAGACAGAACAGUGGCAACGAUCUGAGGAGGAAAACUUAAUUUUAAUAAUAUGAUAUUGGAAUGCAAGAUAACACAAUAUAAUACCAUAUAAUUGAAAUUGGGGCUAAUAAAAUAAGAGAGAGAGUGUCUGAAACUGAGAGGCCUACUUUGAGCUAAGGGUGCAUGGCCAGGCAGUGAGAGAGACACACAGAGACAGAUCACGGCUUCCUCCUGUGGCUUCUCAUCCUCUGGCCGUGAGGUGCCCUGGGAUCUGCAGUUCUUCUCUUCUGAGAACCAGGUAUCUGGAAAGUUGUCAGGCCACAGAAGUGGAUUAUUAACUCUUUAAUACCUGUGCUUUGAGUGAUGGUAUGAUGUGGAAUACUGAUAGCAAAAUUACAAAACCAUGACAAGUAAUUGCAUUCUUUUGUGAAUCCAGUAAAAAUUAAAGUCAGCUGCUUUUCAAGUGGUGUUGACCAGCUUGACAGGAUUUCCUGUGGCCAUUCUGAGGAGUUUAGAAGCUGGGACUUUCUACUGUCCAAAACAGAAAUAGGAAAUGAAAUUGGAAUAAAGAGUUCUCAUUGGCUGUGUGAAGUACCUUAUGAGUUGCUGAUGGUGAUGAUAUUCUUAGAACUGUAACUGAAAAAAUGCAUAAAAAGUCCACUUCCCA